CUUUCUUUCAUGGAACGCUGAUUUGAUCACUGUCAGAACACCCAUCCUCUUGUCUCGGAGUGUCUGCAGAGAUACUACUGAACACACGCAGAGUGCACAAGUACAGAAUGCUUUCCAGAAGAGUGUUAUCGAAAGAGGAAGAAUCCGAGUCCACCGACGCCGAAGUCACAAAAGAAGACCAAGACAAAAUCAACACCUUCUCGAGGUUACACAACCGUAGCAAAUCGCUCGAGGAGGAGUUGACUACGAAGCAGAAAGACAAAGAAGACCUCGAAGAGUUAUCCACUGAACUCGAACUUGCGGAUGAAGAUGAUCUGGUCCCAUACAAAAUUGGGGACUCAUUCAUGCAUGUCCCACUCAGCGAAGCUCAAGAACUCCUUGCUUCAGCGACGACAGACCUCGAAAGCGAAGUUUCGACGUUAGAGGAGGAACUAAGUACGAUCAAGGAAGAGAUCGAUGGACUGAAGGCGCAUCUGUACGCUAGAUUCGGCAGAGGAAUCAAUCUCGAGGCUUGAUCAGCAGUAGAAAGCGGCUUCAGGACAGGCACGAAGUGGUCGGCUUCCGACGGGCAGAUCAAUGGAGACUUCGUUGAUCAGAGGCCGGUAAUAAGGUGAUGCUUGCGAGCAGCAAGGCAGCGAAUGCUCGAGCUCUGGACGUCCUAGUGUCGCACAGGAAGUACCUAGCAGAGCAUGGCACAUGAUGCUGACGUACAAGGCGGCGACGGACCAAUACACCGUCCAAAAGAGCGCGGUGUGGACGAACAGUACCCCCUGACAGGU